AACUCGAGACCUGAUUGCUAACAUGUCGACUACCGAGACCAUGAAUAUGGAGGAAACGACGCCGAUUGUCCCCAAGACCUGCAAAGCUGGAGUGGUCGUGAACUCUGGCCCUAACUUCAGCAUUGAGGUUCAAGACGUACCAGUCCCAGAGAUUGGUCCAGAAGACGUGCUAAUCAAGCUCAACGUCACUGGUCUAUGCAUGUCUGACGUCCACUACAUGAUGGGAGACUGGGACUUGCCACCAAUGNNGCCCAAUUCGGCACGAAAUGCGCCGGUCACGAAGGCGCGGGCGUCAUUGUCAAAGUUGGAGAAAGAGUCAAGAACCUCAAGGUUGGUCAAAGAGCAGGCCUCAAGCCUAUUCAAGAUGUCUGCCACACUUGCGAAUACUGCAAGACCGGGAAGGAAACCUACUGUCUUGNGUUCUUACAAGCAGUACAUUGUUUCGCCCGAACACUACACUUCGCUCAUCCCUGACGGCGUCUCGGACGAACUCGCUGGGCCGAUCAUGUGCUCUGGCAGUACUGCAUACACUUCCAUCAAAGAAUCGGGCCUUCGUCCUGGCCAGUGGGCUGUUUUCCCUGGUGGCGGUGGUGGUGUCGGCAUGCAGGCUGUACAACUUGCUAUCGCCAUGGGUCUCCGGGCCAUUGUCGUCGAUACUGGAUCUGAGAGAAAAGAGGCAUGUUUGAAGUUCGGCGCAGACGAGUUCAUCGACUUCAAGGAGGUUGAGAAUCCUGUUGAGAGAGUUCUGGAGAUCACUGGUGGCGGUGCCCAUGCAGUGUUCGUGACUGCUGUUCAGUCAUACCCUACAGCACAAGGUUACCUCGGCCACAGAGCAGGAGCCCAAGUCAUGUGCAUCGGGCUUCCGCCUGCUGGCAAAUACAACAUGGAGGUCAACCCAUCAACUCUUGCAUUUCGCAACCAGUCCAUCAAGGGCACGCUCGUCGCUGGCAUGGCUGAUGUAGACGAGACCAUGGAGUUUGCUCGUCGAGGUACGACAAAGCCAGUCGCAGAACUANGAAAACUUCGUCUUGAGCCCACGGUGGUCGGUCUCUCGAAGUUCAACGAAUCUGUACAGAAGUUGAAGAACGGACAAGUCGCAGGUCGCAUUGUCGUCGACUUCAAUAAGGAG